GUGUGGCACGGGCGCCAGGGCCCGUCGCAAAUUCACGACGUGCCAUCGGAGACGCCUGCAAGAUUCCACGUUGCGGUCUGGAGCAGAAGAAUAGCGGACGGAAUGACUAGAGUGAAUGCCCGCGUAAGCGUGCCGAGGGCGUUCGAGUGGCCAGGGGCGUCGGGCUGGACAUGCCGGUUCCAGGGCGCGAUUUGCCAUCUGGAGCAACCAGCUCAUUACGUCGCCUACUGCCCUGGCGUCGGUGUCGUAAGGUUCGACGACGACGUAGUUGCGCGGCCAGAGUUCCAGGAUUUUGCAGAGAAUCCGAAGAACCAGGGAGACAUUGCCCUUGUGGUGUUCUCGAGGCACCGGACGGAAGCAGUCGUGCCGACAGAUGCCGCCAAUUUAACG